CGGCAGCCCCAGCCCUCGGAGACAGCAGGAAGGGAGGGAGGGCGGGAGCUGGGGGGACAACCCCCCACCAUUCUACUGCUAUGGGCCCAGCCUCCCCAUCUCACCUCCCCUCCUUCGGCCGGGGCUAGGACACCCCUAAAUCCUGUCGCCCCCCUUGGCACCGACUCCCCGACCGAGGCAGAGACACAGCCACCCGCCACCACCGCUGCUGCAGCCUGGCUGGGGAGGGGGCCAGACCCCCAGGCCCCCCACCCCAUUGAGGUGGCCAGAAUGGAGCUGUGGCCAGGGGCAUGGAUGGUGCUGCUGCUUCUCUUCCUUCUGCUGCUCUUCCUGCUACCCGCCCUGUGGUUCUGCAGCCCCAGUGCCAAGUACUUCUUCAAAAUGGCCUUCUACAAUGGCUGGAUCCUCUUCCUGGCUGUGCUUGCCAUCCCUGUGUGUGCUGUGCGAGGUCGCAACGUUGAGAACAUGAAAAUCUUGCGCCUGAUGCUGCUCCAUGUCAAGUACCUGUAUGGGAUCCGAGUGGAGGUGCGAGGGGCCCACCACUUCCCUCCCUCCCAGCCCUAUGUUGUCGUCUCCAACCACCAGAGCUCCCUUGAUCUGCUUGGAAUGAUGGAGGUUCUGCCAGGUCGCUGUGUGCCCAUUGCCAAGCGUGAGCUACUGUGGGCUGGUUCUGCCGGACUGGCCUGCUGGCUGGCAGGAGUCAUCUUUAUUGACCGAAAACGGACUGGAGAUGCCAUCAGUGUCAUGUCUGAGGUCGCCCAGACCUUGCUUACCCAGGAUGUGCGGGUCUGGGUUUUCCCUGAGGGUACAAGAAACCACAAUGGCUCCAUGUUGCCCUUCAAACGGGGCGCCUUCCACCUUGCAGUGCAGGCCCAGGUGCCCAUUGUUCCCAUAGUCAUGUCCUCCUAUCGAGACUUCUACUGUAAGAAGGAGCGCCGUUUUACUUCAGGGCAAUGUCAAGUGCGGGUGCUGCCUCCAGUGCCCACAGAAGGAUUGACACCAGAUGACGUCCCUGUUCUGGCCGAUACAGUCCGACACUCCAUGCUCACCGUUUUCCGAGAAAUCUCCGCAGAUGGCAGGGGUGGUGGUGACUCUCUGCAGAAGCCCGGAGGGGUGGGCGAGGCCCGACUCUGAAUCUCCUCUACCCUAUCCUUUUCCCUGUUCCUCCCAGCCCAGUGGGUCCUGAAAAAGGGCUCAGUCCUCUUAUUUGUUUUCCCUCAUCCCACUUGUUCUCUUCCUUGGAAUCUUCAACUUCUGAAGUGAAUGUGGACUCAGCACCGCUCCCUGACCCUUCCCAGCUCCCCUCACAGACUCUCUGGCCUCGGUGCAGUCUAUACUUUGUCCCACACCCACCUCCUGUGCCAUUCUGUCUGGGACAGUUACCUCCCUGCUAUCCAGUGGCUCAGCCUACACAAGGUGGGGACACUCCAGCCUGUCCUCAGUGGACCUCUUCCUUGUGAUCUCUCCCUCUCCACCCCACAUUGGCUAGUGGACUCAACCAUUCUCUGGAACAGUUCCCCACCUCUCCCAAGCCCAUGGAUUCAAUGGACUCAUCAUGUGUGGAGAUUUCCUCACACUGCUGGAAGCUGAUGCCUGGAACACUCCUCCUGGGCUCAUCUUGGGAACACUCCUCAGCACUUCACCCUCCUCAUAUGGAAACCCCCAGCCCCCUAUCGGUAGAGGCUGGACAUUGACUGCAAGGUCUCAUCCCUGCCUGUGCCAAGGAUUGAGCACUCUCCUGGUUGCCAGUUUUGGUCUUCACAUUUCAGCUUUUCCUUGUCCCUAUGGUACAAUUUUUCAGUGGUUCUGGCCCGCCCAGCCCAUGCAGCCUUGCCAUACCAUUUGAAACAGACACCAGAGGAAGAGGCAGACAUCUGUUACUGUUCUCUCACACCUUGCUCUUGGGGAGUUGGGGAAAGCUGAACCCUGGCUGAAGGGGACAGGAGGGCUUUUAAUUUAUUUCUCUUUCUUUUGAGGCUUUCCUCUGAGCCAGUUUUCAUUUCCUCCUUGUGGCAUUAACCACUCCCUGCCUCCCACCCCAGACCUAUGCCCACAGCCAAGGAGGUGGGCCGGGAGCAAAGGAGAGAGUGGGAUUUGGUUUUGCGUCGUUGGAUUUUAUUAAUUAUCGGAUAACAACAAAAGAAAACAAAAAACAAGAAUAAAGAUUGAGAGAGAGAAAGAGUGAGA